AUAUUUGUGGUAUGUGAAUUUGGUUGCAGAAGAAGACCCAUGAGAGCAUCAACAACAGGCUCGCCCUCGUCAUGAAGAGCGGCAAAUACACGCUCGGCUACAAAACCGUUCUUCGCUCUCUCAGAAACUCCAGAGGAAAACUUAUUAUAAUAUCGAGUAAUUGUCCACCGCUGAGGAAAUCCGAGAUUGAGUACUAUGCAAUGCUCGCCAAAGUUGGGGUUCACCAUUUUGUUGGAAACAAUAAUGACUUGGGAACAGCUUGUGGCAAGUAUUAUCGGGUGUCUUGCCUUAGCAUUAUUGAUCCAGGUGAUUCUGAUAUCAUUAAGACCCUGCCAGGUGACCAUUAAUCAGAUUGAGUUAGAAGCCUUCCUCCAAGGUUCUUGUCAUUGGAGAAUAGAAUUAUAUCAGUUUUCUAAAUUUUCUAUUUUAUUUUUUAUUUUUAAAUUUUUUCAAGAUAUUUGAUCCCACAUAUUUGUUCAAUUUGUGAUGUUCACGGCAAAUGGUUGUAAUUUAAUGGCAAAUUUUGCUUUGAUGGAUGAGAUGCAGGUUUACAUGUUUGCUUCCGAAA